UGUGCUGUGUUAAUCUCUUGGCAUACCCCCACGACGCGUUCAAGUUCUUCAAGUGGGCGCAAGGGGUCCGGAAAUCGUCUUGUCUUGAAUUUUCACCGCUAGGUGUAGUCUUGAAGGUCGUUCACUGAAACGUAGUCUGCUCUCAUGAAUAUUCUCUGUAUGGACUGUAGCCUGGUGAGUUGGAAGUUUCCAAGUUCUACCAUAUCGGCAUCUGUUACUAAGUAACUAAGCGGAAUCAACGUGUAACGUGUCGCUCAAGAGUUGAGCUUGGACGCAGUCCUCCGUCGCAAAGUCGUAAAACAUAAAUUUAAGCAGAGGUAGUAGGAAAUUUCGGCAAUAACAACACAUCAUGUCUACCGAUCCCAGUAAAAAACGCAAAGACAAGAAGAAGAAGAAAGCCAUGUUAGAGGCUUUACAACAAGAAGAGUAUCAAGAGGAACGGGCCCAUGUCCAGCAAUUGGAAGAUGUCGAUGAAGAUUUCAUUGUUUAUCCUGCCGAUGACUCAGAUGAUACCGCCCCCCUAUUGGAAGAGAGUGAUGGAAGCGGAGCUUGCGCCAAAAUUGUUUUUCUCGUCCUACUUUCCUCUCUGGGAAUGGCCAUUGGCGUGAUAUUUUUCGAAAUGGGCGGCAUGCAGACGUUGACUGGUCUAAUGGACGUUGAAUCGAUCAUUAAUGCUCCUCCGGUCAAAUAUGAUCCUCCAACUACUCCGGUGGAUGUUGCAAUUGAUGACGAUUUUGAUCAAAUUGAUCCUUCUCCUAUAGAGCCAGAAUCCUUAAAAGACGACAAAAGUGAUGUGAUAGCGGAUGCUGUUGAAGCAAUAAAAGACCUGCCUCUUGAGGUUAUCGAAACUGUCACUGAAACUGUCGUUGUACCGGAGGUAGUCGUUAAGGAAAUUGAGGAAGUAAUAGUCGAAGAGCCGGUUGUAGAGGAGCCGGUAGUAGAGGCAGAAAUUGUUGAACAGCAAACGGUAGAAACAGAAGCUGUCGAGCCAGUAGUUCAGCCAACAGAAUCCGUUCCAGAACCCAUUGAAGAACUGCCUGUUGAAACCGUUGCCGAGGCCGUAGAAGAAGCUAUUGUUGUCAGCGAAAACUUUGAAUCGCAAUUGGAGGAUGAACCGGCCGAAGUUCCACAAGAGUCCUUUACUAUGCGAGCGGAAAGGGAAGCAGUCCAAGGAGCGGUCGAUGAAGUUUGGGUCAUGACAGUUAGAUGCAUCGAAGAAUUGAGAGCCCUACAAGUAAUGGCAAAAUCAUCACUAACCCACGCAGUUAUUGAUUCGAUUAGUCAACGCCUGGAACCAUUGAGAAGUCAGUUGGAUGGCCUGGUGAAAAACACGUCAGACAGCGUUUUUGACGGCGCUUUGGAGCAGGCAGCUGAAUUGGAGCGCAAUCUUCGAGCCGUACUUGGAGAACUGGAUGAGGCCCGGAACCAAGACACUAUAUUGGCAGAAGAAGAGGCCGCCCGACAAGAACAACUAGCUGCCGAAGCAGUUGAAAUUGUUAGUGAAGAGCCGGAAGAAGUGAUGGCUGAAGUCCAAGAGGAAGAGAAGGUGGAAAUCAACGAAGAACCAAUUCAGGGAGAAGUAGAAAUUGAAGAACAAGAGGUAGAAUCUCUGCAUGAACCGGUAAAUGAGGCUAUUCCUGAACCCGUAGAAACCUUGCCCGAGGUCGUGCAUGAAACAGAAGUUGAAAUUCUUCCGGAGCCGGAAAUUGAGACUACUACUGAAUCCAUUUUAGAAACCUUGCCCGAAACCCCCUCACACACAAUAGUCGAGUCUAUACCUGAUUUUGAGGAAAAAGCAGUAGAACUCAUUCCCGAAUCUACAGUUGAUUCGUCAACGGAAUCAGUUGUAGAAACUGAACCUGAAGCACAGGUCGUAGUUACUGAGGAUGUGAUUGCUACGGAACCCGACACAGUAGUCGAAUCUAUCUCUGACUCUGUAGAAAAUGUAGCAGAACUCAUACCCGAAUCUGCAUUGGAUUCGUCUACGGAAUCAAUUGUGGAAACUGAACCUGAAUCACAGGUCGUAGUUGAAGAUGUCAUUGCCACACAACCUGAUACAGUAGUCGAAUCCAUCCCUGACUCUGUAGAAAAAGAAGUAGAGCUUAUUCCCGAAUCUACAGUGGAUUCGUUAACGGAAUCAGUUGUAGAAACCGAACCUGAACCCCAGGUCGUAGUUAUUGAGGAUGUGAUUGCUACAGAACCCGACACAGUAGUCGAAUCCAUCGCUGAUUCUGAGGAAGAAGUAAUAGAACUUAUUCCAGAAUCUACAGUAGAUUCGUCAACGGAAUCAGUUGUAGAAACCGAACCUGAACCCCAGGUCGUAGUUACUGAGGAUGUGAUUGCUACGGAACCCGACGCAGUAGUCGAAUCCAUCCCUGACUCUGUAGAAAAUGUAGUAGAACUCAUACCCGAAUCUGCAUUGGAUUCGUCUACGGAAUCAAUUGUGGAAACUGAACCUGAGUCACAGGUCGUAGUUGAAGAUGUCAUUGCCACACAACGCGAUACAGUAGUCGAAUCCAUCCCUGACUCUGUAGAAAAAGAAGUAGAGCUUAUUCCCGAAUCUACAGUGGAUUCGUUAACGGACUCAGUUGUAGUAACCGAACCUGAAACUCUUCCUGAGCCACAGGUCGUAAGUUUUGAAGAUGGCGUUGCCACGGAACCCGAACUUGAAGUCGCUGCACCAGAGAUGGUUGAAGAGGAAUCUCAAGCCGAAACAGUUCCAGAAGCAGAGGUUAAAGAAGAAGUGAUUGCUGAAGAGCCUGAAAUUUUAGUCGCACCAGAGAUUUUCGAAGAGGUAGGUCAAGUGGAAGCCGAUCAACCCAUUGUAGAAGAAGCCACCAAUGUGCCUGAAAUUAUUGAGGACUCUGUUGAAGAGCCAGAAGAAAACGUAGAACAAGAGUUUAUUGAAAAUGUGAUAGAACCCGAGCUUGAAAUAGCAACACCAGAGGUUUUCGAAGAAGAAGCCCAAGCCGAUCAACCAACAGCUGAUGUUGUGUCCAACGAAGUGACAGAAGAAACUGUGCCUGAAACCGUCGAGUCUGCGGAAGAACAAAUUAUUGAUGCCCCAGCACCAGAAGCUACACCAGAGUCUGAUUACAGGUUCCUGUCGGAAGUAGAGGAAGAACAGGAGGUUGAAGAACCUCUCCAAGUAGCGACUGAAGCAUUUGUCGUUGAACCAGAAGUAGAACAAGUCGCCGUACCCGUAGCAGAAUCUGUUAAAGAUGCGCCAUCGAGGAUGCAAAAUCUGGAGGAGGCCGAUCGGCUUGUGGACCAGUCGCCAGCCCAGGCAUUAGCUCUGAUGGAACAGAUUUUGGAGAAGGAUCCCCUCAAUGCGCUAGGCCUUUACGGCCGAGCUAGGAGCCUGGACUCACUCGCCGAAGUGGAAAGAUCUAAUGCUCGCUUAGAGCAGUCCGUCUUCGCUUACAGGGCUGUCCUAGAUCUGGAAGACCAAGUUGAUGAUCAGCUUUAUCUGAAAGCUGCUUUGCGCUGCAUCGACCGGAUGCGAUUUAGAGGAUUCCACGGCAAAGCCAUCAGGAUCCAGCAGAGACUCGUAGCCCGCUUCCCUAAUGAUAUCCAAUACCAGAAUCAAUUGGCUGUUGGUUUCCUUCUGACUAACCAACCCGAAGCCGCUCGAACAAUUCUAGAAGGAGUGUUGGAGCGGUGGCCCAAGUCUGGUUUCGCUCAAGUUCAUUUGGGCUUUAUUCUGAAGACAACUUUCGAGGACUACGAUGCCGGAGCUCGAUGGAUGAUGGCAGGAAUCGCAUCUCGUGAAGAGGGAGUCAUUGACGGCCGGUUUUACUCUCACCUGGGUGACGCCCUGACUCGAUUAGGCAAACACCAAGAAGCCCAAAGGGUCUACCUCGAUGGAGAAAAGGAAGGUGUCUUUCUUUCUCAUCAACAACGUUCGCUUUACAAUGUAGAUCGCCUUACCGGCAAGCCCUGGUGGGACAAGGAGUCGACCACUUAUGGGCAUUUCUUUGAUUUGUUGGAAGCUAACUGGCGACAAAUUCGUAAUGAAGGAGUCGCGUUAUUGACGUUGGAAGCUCCUGAGGGUUUCGCAGAUGAGUCGGAAAAAUUACGAGAUUCUGGAGACUGGAAACAAUAUGAACUAUUCGCGCAAGGCAGAAAGAAUGCUGCACACUGCACUAAAGCUCCUGUAACGUGCACGCUGAUUGAAAACUACCCACCUGCCCUUUGCAAACGGGGCCAAGUUAAGUUUAGCAUAAUGCACCCAGGCACUCACGUUUGGCCUCACACUGGUCCAACUAAUUGCCGAAUCCGAGCUCAUUUAGGUCUAGUCGUUCCUGGUGGAGCUCAGCUUAGAGUGGGCAACACUACUGAUACUUGGGAGGAGGGCAAGUUCAUCAUCUUCGAUGACAGCUUCGAACAUGAAGUCUGGCACAAAGGAUCAUCUUAUCGUUUGGUGCUCAUCGUUGACCUGUGGCAUCCCGAACUGACAGCUGAAGAAUGGCGGUCUCUGGCUCCUAUUUAAAGCUCCAAAAUUAAUUUGAUGUUCUCAUUCCCCUCACAAAAAUGUGCCAAUAUCUUGCAGCUUAUCUCCCACCUUUAAACAUCACAUUUCUUCUUGUUUUCUGUGCUUUUUAGUGACAUGUUAUAUUUUUUCAACAAAGUCCGUGUUUUUGUGCAAUGCAAGUGCCUUAUUUAGUUUAAGGACUGAUGACAAUAUAGCAUUUGGAUACAAGUCAAAGAUAUCUUUGGUGAAUCGUGA